UAGAUAAUGUAUUGCAAAUUAACUUGAUGUAAGACUUUUUUUAUUGUGAAUAAGCUGUUUUACUGGACAAUUUGUUUCUGAACAAAGUGUAUUGUGUGAUGCGAGAAAAUGAGUGUGCUAGAUCCAACGGCAAACCCUCUGGUGGGAGCUUUAGGCAUGGCCGAGUGUGUCAACUCUAUGACAUGGCUGUGGUUGAAACAGAAAGAAAUCACUCAGGAAGAGAGAGCUAAGAGAACGGCGAGAUUCUGGAGUGGACGACGGGGUUACAUUAAAAGAAAGUUGCGUGGAGUGGGCAUGACAGCGGCGCUAAGGCCGGGCGAGUUCCGUCCGCGCCUGGAGGCGGUGUCCGAGAUGUCCGGGGGUGUGGGGGGCAGGGGGGGCGAGACCAUCAGCAUGGCGGCCGUGCCGGAGGGGGCCACCCCGCUCAUGUAUGCCUGCCAACAGUCACGGGUCACCGAGCUCGCCAACAUGAUCAAUGCCAAGCCGGGCAACAUCCGUGACCGUGAUCGCACACUGAAGACGGCGCUGCACUACUGUGCCGAGAACCAGAAGCCCGACUGCGCCGAGCUGUUGGUGACGUCUGCACCUGACCUGGUGGACGCCCGCGACGAGGAUGGCUACACACCGCUGCAUCUGGCCGUCAUUGCUGGCAACAUCCCCUUCCUGCGAUUCCUGCUGGCGCGAGGCGCGUCGCUCGCCGCUCUCGACAACGAACGUCACUCAGUCGUGCACUGGGCCACCGUGUGCGGCGAAUUGGAGGCACUGGAGACGGUGCUGGGGGCGGGUGCGGAGGCGUCGUCGGCGGACAUGCAUGGCGGCUACCCGGUGCACUACGCGGCGCAGAUGUGUGGCCCCGGGGGCGGCGCGGAGGCGGCAGGCGGCGGUGACAAGUCGGUCGGCAUGGCUGUGCUUACCGCCCUCCUCGAGCACAAGGUGCCCGUCAACGUCACCGACAAAGAUGGCCGCCAGCCCAUACUGUGGGCCGCUAGUGCUGGUAGUGCAGAUGCAAUUCUGGCUUUGGUGAAUGCGGGAGCCAAUGUAGAGGCGGAUGAUAAGGAUGGUUUGACAGCACUGCACUGCGCAGCCAGCCGAGGCCACACCGAAUGCCUGGAGACGCUGAUCACUCUGUGUGGCGCACAGGUCGACCUGAUGGACAGCAACGGCUGCACGGCUCUGUUCUAUGCGGCCACGCUCGGUCACGCCGACGCCACACACCUGCUGCUCACGCUCAACGCACAGCCCAACCGUCAGGACCGCAAGGGCCGCACGCCAGCACAUUGCGGCGCGGCGAAGGGCCAGCUGGAGACGCUUCGCCUUUUGUCGGAGUAUAACGCCGACCUAUGGCUGCGAAACGCCAAGGGCGACUACGCGCUGCAUGAGGCCGUGGCGUCGGGACGCAAAGAGCUUGUCACCUGGCUGCUCGCCCAGCGUCCCGACGCCGUCAAUGCAGCCAACAACGACGGUCGACAGCCGCUACACAUCGCCGCCAUCUACAACAACGUCCAAAUGUGCAAGGUUACAGAGGUACACAGUUUUGAAUAUAGAAAUUGGUCAUUUUUUCAUAAACGUAUGUUUCAUGCUCUCGAUUACACCUCACGAAGGGCGCACAGUCCUCCAAAAUUGGAGUGGGAAGGCAGAGGGCUUCGGAUUAACGGCCAAGAGCUCACGAAUCUCCGAUUUGCAGAUGAUGUUAUGAUCAUAGCAAGCAGCGCUAUAGAGAUGAAGGGAAUGAUAGAGGAAUUAGUUGGUGCUAGUGAAGCGAUGGGUCUCCAUCUAAAUGCACAGAAGACAAGAAUAAUGACCAAUGCAGAAAGAAUAAGUGUGCAAGUAGGCUGCGGAAGUAUUGAGUAUGUGGAGGAAUAUGAGUAUCUGGGUCAGAUUCUAUCAUUCACGAAUAGAGCGGCAAAGGAAGUGAAACACAGGAUUGACAAAGGAUGGAAAAAGUAUUGGGCUUUGAAAAGAAUAUUUAAGGGAAACUAUUCCAACAAUCUAAAAGCGAGAACUCUAUCAAUGUGCGUAUACCCUGCAAUACUAUAUGGAGCGCAGACCUGGGCACUCACAGAAAAUCAAGAUAAGAAGCUGGAGACGACGCAAACUAAAAUGCUGAGAAGUAUUCUUGGCCUGAAGCAAGUACAAAGAGUUACAAACAGGGAUAUAUUAAGGAAAGUAAAGGUGAAGUACUUGCAAAAAGAGGCUCAUGUAAUGAAAUGGAAGUGGGCCGGACACGUAGCGAGACUGCCUGAAGAUCGAUGGACAAGGAUUUGCACGGAGUGGGUACCGAUGGACAGGACCAGGAGACGAGGACGGCCACCGACCAGAUGGAGGGACGAGUUGUGCCAGAGAGUGGGCCAUGCAUGGGCGACUACGGCCAGAAAUAGGACAGAGAUUGAGCAACGUGAGGCGCGAUCUCGAGGGACAACGCCGGACAUGUUGAAUGUGCCGAAGGGGGCUGGCAGAGGGGGCAAGGAGCCGCGCUCCCUGCAGACCAGUCCGGUCACCAUCACUGGCAACAAACAGCUCACUCUGGUCGACGCUUCUCACAACAGUCACAUUCUACAAGUUCACGUUCAAGAUCAGUUGAGUGUGAUGGGAGAUGAAAGUCAGGAAGUGAGUGAGAGUGGAGCAGACCGGAGAACAAAGAAGAGACGCCACAAAAGACACUCGCGGAGGACCGACGACGACGAUUACGCCAGCGGGGACAGUGACUCGAGGGACAGGCGGAGGAGGAGACGCCGAGACGAGGAGAGCUCUGAGGAGGAUGAAGAUGAGCUGGAGGAUGGCGAAGAAGAGGAAGAAGGAAGCGGAUCGAGAGGCGGAAGGAAACGAAGAGGAGGGAGAAGGGAGAGAGAAAGGACGGAUGGAAGCGAUUAUGAGUCAGACGAGAGUGAGCACUCGCGAAGAGGCAGAAGAAGGAGAGAUAAGAAUCGGAGAGGAAAAAAAGAAAGGAGAAGUUUGAGAAGGGAGAGGAGUGAUGAUUUGAAUGAUGGAGAUGAUCAAAAGAGGCGAUCAACUAAAGGUAGGGAGAGGAAACGAGUGAUCAAAGAAGAAACAAAACGGUCCGAGAUAAUCAAAAGCAAAAAAGUAAUUGAGGAAUCCAUGGAUGACGAUGAGACUCCUCAAGUAACCAAGUCCAGUAUCACUACCAGUCAAGAGACUAAGGAGCAGACAUUGAAGACUGUCAGCGAAGUGAUUGAUGGAGAAGAGGUGCCAAAUGAGAGUGAGAAAACAGGGGAAGAAAGAGUGAUUCAAGUAGUUGAAGCUGAGGUUCACCAGGAACAACAGAAUGAAGAGGAUGCACAAGAUGGAAGAGCUUCCAAAACAGAAACUCAAACAGAUGAUCAGGGUGAAAGCACCACAGCAGAAGGCGAACCUUCAAAGAAAGCGAAUCGGAAAUCAAAGUUGAAAAAGAUGGACAAAGAAGAGAUCACUUCUAAACAAUCAGAGUCACAAAAAUCUGAAAGUGUAGCUGCAGUUAGUGCGGCUGAAGACGAUAAUGAAGCAGCAGAGAGAGCAGCCAAAUUGGAGGAGCAGAGAAAAAGUGAAGAGGAAGAAGAGGAAAAGAUGAGACAAGAGGAGGAAAGGAAGAAGCAAGAGGAGGAAAGGAAGAGACAAGAGGAGGAAGAAGAAAAACGACGAUCGGAGGAAGAGGAAGAACGAAAGAGACAGGAGGAGGAGGAAGAAAAAAGACGAUCAGAGGAAGAGGAAGAACGUAAGAGACAGGAGGAGGAAGAAGAAAAGAGACGAUCAGAAGAAGAGGAGGAGAGGAAAGCACAGGAAGAAGCUGAACGUCUAGCUAGAGAGGAAGCUGAAAGAAAAGCUAAGGAAGAAGCUGAAAGAAGGGCUAGAGAAGAAGCUGAGAGGAUAGCUAGGGAGGAGGCGGAGAGGAAAGCCAGAGAAGAAGCAGAGGAAGCCGAAAGGAAGGCAAAAGAAGAAGCGGAGAGGAUAGCAAAGGAAGAAUCAGAGAAGAAAGCGAGAGAAGAAGCUGAGAGGAAGGCUCAAGAAGAAGCUGAAAGGAAGGCUCUGGAAGAGAAGAAGCAGGGUAGGAUGGCUGUGGAGGUGAAGAAGUAUGAAGAUGUCACAACUGUUAUUGAAAACAUGAAAGGGGAUGCUGACAAAGCUGGUGAUGGAAACGAGCCAAUUGCAGAAGAACAAAUCAACAAAACUACAAUACAAACUACAGAAAGCGCCCCUCCACAGGAGGUUGUAGAAUCAGACGACACUGGAGCAGCCAGAUCAGAAGUCUCAAUGCUGAAAACACCGAGAUCACCAUCCGUCCAAAGUUCGCCAAGAACGCCUGAAACGGCCACUCCCCGAAGAAGAUCCAACAGACUAGCAGCCGAGUUCAAAAAGUAUGAAGACGUGAAGACAGUAGUGGGAAACAUGAAGAAUCAUGUGCAAAUUGCUAACGGAAAGCAUGAUAGGAUGGCUGUGGAGGUGAAGAAGUAUGAGGAUGUGAAGACUGUCAUUGAGAAUAUGAAGGGGGAUGGUGAGGAGGAUUAUGAAGAGGAGGAGCAGGUUGUCAAGAAAUCGCCACGUCGAGGGAAGGCGAAAGAUGGUGAGAGGAAGAAGGUGAGGAGUAAAUCGAGGGAUAGGAAAGAGGGUGGAGAAGAAGAUGGGGAAGCAGGAGGUGUACAGAGGAGGAAAGCCUCAGGGAAGAAAAAGGGGGUGAGAGUGAAUGAGGGAGGAAAAACGAAGAGGGAAGUGAGUGUGGCUAUGGACAAGAUAGUGGAUGAGUCGGAUUCUAAGGGAGGUGGUAAUGAGGAGGAGCAGGAAGACGAGGAGGAGGAGGAUGAGGAGUUCUACAGUGACAAGUCGAUGUCGGGGGAUGAGGAGAGUGUGGACCUAGACCCGGGGCGCGCGCUGGUGAAGAUCAUAGGGCGGGCGAGGGAGGAGCGCGAGCCGCGGAGUCGCCGACGGAGGCGGAAGAUGAGCGGAGACCGACCGGCCCGCGCACGCAGCUCCUUCUCAGUGGUCAGCGACUCUCUCAGCACUCAUCUCGACUCCGGAUUCGAACCAUCACCUCGCAAUGACCGAAUCAAUGAAGCACGGGACCGAAGGAGGGACAGAAGUGCUGGACCAGAAUUGACGCCAGCCAGUGUUACUCAAGCAGUCCAGCACAGCAUUAGAAGAUAUCACUUGGAGAGAAGGAUCUUCCACGAGCUGUUGGAAUUGAAAAGACUGCAGAUAAGAGCCGGCCGGAGCAACGAAGCUGUGCUGGUGAAGCGCCUGGCAGAGGAGUACAGGAAGGCUGCUCUCGAUGUCGGCCUCAUACCCUACCAGGGCCCAUUCUCCUUUAGAACUUUCGAAAACUAUUUAUAUGAUCAACUGAGAAAACUUCAGAUUGCCGAACGAAAAAUGGUUCCGAAACUGCAGUCGAACGAUGAGUUGGAGCGUUUGACGGCGGCGCUGAGGAAAACGCGCGCUGGAAAGGCUUUCCUUGAGUCGGUGCCUGAUAGUCCGGCAUAUUGCACGCACUCCACCCAUCGCUGCAGCCAUGCCACCCACGCAUACACCGGCAUUCCUUGUGCUGCCUACAUUACGAAAGCCAACCACCACACAGUGCCGAAACCUCCCCGCAGCGGCUUCCUGCCGAAGAUCGAGGCGCCCGACAAGCGCUCCAAGGAGGGGCAAAGUGCCGAGAUAGCGCGCUGUCUGCGCUACGUGGACCCCUCCCGCCCCGUCACCCUCGAGCUCAGCCAUGGCAAGGACCGACAAGUCAUUUCGCUGCCCACCGAAAACCUCGACAAAAACAAACGCUACUACGUCACAUUCACGAUCAAGGGCGGCGAAUCGGCGUCGGAAACCACCGGCGACGAGAGGAAGCACAGACACGCCAAGAGCUUCUAGCAGGCGCCUCCGGACAAUGUCCACCCCCGCAAACCAAAGAAAAAAUAGACUUUUCUACUUUUAUAACGACUAAAUCAAACCGGGACAUCAAUUAAAUUGUUGCAGACAUCGUCGAAAGUGAUGAACAAUGAUGAACUAUGUUGUGCUGGUUGAAGAAGGUUGCAAUGGAUUGUAAUUACAUUGUUCCCGAAGCUCAGCUGAAAGCUCCGUAAGUUUUGUAGGUCUAUUUCAUAAAUGGAAUCUCAUCAUAUCUGCAAAGAAGGAAUGUUUCGUACGUAAGGAAGGUCUAACUUAUAAAUGGGAGGGCUAUCAUCUGCAAAAAAGGUAUCAAUUACUUUCAAGAAUAAUAAAAUAUGCUGUGAAGAGCAAAGAUCAACCAGUGAAGUAGCAAGCAGGCUACUGCCCAGUAUAUACUGUCAGCAAUUAAAUUCCCACAUAGCUACUGUAAAACGUGUUUCCUUAUGGUCCAAAAAGCGAGCGUUGCAUUCCGGAAAAAAAUUGUUUUCUUGGAGAAGCUUGUAUCAAGAGUAAAAUAAUACAAAAUGAUCAAGAUUGAUAGUAAUUAAUUCAGAUUAAAUUGGUUAAAUGAAUUUUUAAAUCGUUUUUGCUCAAAAUAAAUUAUUUCCUCGCUUAUUUCUAUUAACAUAGGAUUGUUACCAUACUAAACUAAGAAUUUCUGUAUUUAUUUUCAUGAAAAUUCUUAUUUUGUAGAUAAUUUGUUGAAUUGAUUUGUUUUAAUUUUCUUGUUGAUUUAGCUAUCUUGUUUUGAAGAGACAUUGUUAAUUAUUAGUCCUAUACGUUGAGCUUGGGAAUUUAUAUGCUUUGAUUUAUUCCCUUGUCUUAUCAGUAGGUACCAUAAUCAUUAUUCUGUUGAUGAUAUUGUUGAAUUUGAAAGUUUUUGUUAUUAUUAAUGAAUUCCAAUACUAUGAUAUUUUCAACUGAAAUGAACAUUCAUUUUGUUUAUUUAUUAAAUGAAAAUAGAAAUAUGCUGCAACAUUUCAACUCGGUGCGGUACUUAUGAGCUGUGAUCAACAAAUUAUUGUACUGUGAUCACCAUUUCUUGCACUUCACAAUAGUCUUAAAUCAUUUCUAUUCCUUUUAAUCAAAAAAGGAAAAAUUUAAUCCUGUCAGAAAGUAAAAGCAAACUCCAAUAAAAUGAAUUAAAAUGUUCAAUUUAUUUGGAUGUUAAAUGAAAUGAAAACUCAUUAUAAAGUGGAAUAUAUUUUAUGAGAAACUGGCGACAGAGUGCACAGGAUAGAGACGAAUGGAGGCGCUAUGUUGAGGAGGCCAAAGUCCACCCCAGGACUACAGAGCCGGAUAAAGCAAAGCAAAGCAUAUUUUAUGAGAUAAAAUAAUUCCAAAAUAAAGUGUAGUUUUGAAAACCAUCAUCAACUUACUAAAAAGGACUGGAAUGAAUAAUUUAAUUUUAAAUAAGAGUUAAAAGUGCAGAGUGAACUAAUAUUUAAAUGCGUAAGCUUAAAUCUUUAUGUUUCCUCUAGAAAAGAUAAAGCAGUAGACUAUCAUUGUUCAAAUAGAAGAAACAAAUGAUUAAAAGAAAGUUUAAUUGAAUUAUUAAAGAAUUUAUAUUCUUAUAUUCUAUAUGGAAUCAGAAACAGCAUAAUCAUCUCAACUAUGUUGCAUUCUUCAAUUAAAUUCUAUUUUUUUCUGAUAAAUAAAUAUUUUCAGUUUGAAUAGGUAUUUGACUGUUUCCAGUAACAAACAUAUUUUGACGUAUAUGUUUGGCUAAAAUUUUAUCCUUGAAAAUAUGUGAGACCAACCGACCUGAAAUUGAAUAUUACUGGUGUAAUAUAAUUACUAAUGUAACAAUGCAUAUUCUCUACUAAAUACUAUGGAAUGUGCAUUAUAUAACUCAAAAUGAUGAGUUGAUAAUUCUCUCAGAU